UUGGGAGAGUCAGCUCCGGCUGGUUCGGGGUGGCUUCGGGGCUCCGUAGUUCGCCGGCUACGCGGCGCACCUUAUAACGAAGGGGCGACGAGGGCGCGGGGCUGCUCGUAAAGGGUGACGCGAUGCGUCCCCGCGGUCGUUCCGUCCGCUCGACGUAGAGGGUGAGGCGGGUUAAAUCGGAGCCGAGCCGAGGCGAACGAAAUCAAACCGAACGGGGCUCGGGCGGACCGAGCCGCGCCGCGCCGAGACGGAGCGGAACGGAGCGGGGCUGCCCAAAGUCAUGGCGAUUUCGGCUGAAUAAACCGAACACGUGAACACGGAACAACCCCCCGGAACACGCGCAACAAGCCGUACCGCCCCUCGCCGCCGCUCCUCCGAAUCAAGUGGUUCAAUUCACGCCGUCUUCUCGUCUCAUCUCAGUCUCGCCGCGACUCCCGCCAACGUCAACACCGCACACCUAUCACUCGCAUUGACACACAUAUACAUAUACAUAUACAUAUAUAUAUAUGUAUAUAUAUAUAUCAAUUGUACAUAUGUAUGUACAACCUUGCAUAUAUAAUAACGUAUAACUCUAUAAAGCGUUGUAUAUAUAUUUUUUACAGUGUUAACGUUAACGACCAUAAGACACUUUAAUUUCUUCCUCGAUAUAUACGUACCUGCAACUCCGCUGCACUCGUCGUCGUCCUCGUCGUCGUCGUCGUCGUCGUCGUCGUCUAUAUUUGUGCGAGAGAAAUACACGAAACAUUUUCAUCGUUAUUAUCGCUGUUAUUAUUAUUAUUAUCAUCAUCGUCGUCGUUGUUGUUGUUGUUGUUAUUAUUAUAUCGGAUACUAAGGAGACUACCCGGUAAUUGACUUCCGGCACGUGGGUUUCGGAUAGAAGGACAAAAAACGGAAGAAGAAGCCGAAGAGGAGGAGGAGGAGGAGGAGGAGGAAAAUUGUAUGGAAGCGAAAAAAAAAGAAGGGCGCGAUUUCUCGGACGGAAUGCCGUGGAGAUUCUGUGUUAAUUAGACAUGUUUGUUGUCACGUUUUAAUUAACCGACGUAUAUCAAGACUGUAAUUUUCCCUCGGACGCAAUUUACACGUUACACGUUAUAAGCUAUGGAGUUAUAGCGGGAAAAUUUCCGCAUCGAUUCACCCUUCGUUAAAGGUGUAUUCUCGGACAAAAGUUACAUCGUUUCAUUUUGGUUCUCCUUUUUUAGUAAAACAAAAACAAAAACAAAAAAAAAACGAUUAAGAAAAAACUGCAGCGUGCUGUUCUACUGACGUUCGAAAAUUGAAGACCAAAACCGCGGGGGGGCCUCCCCCCGAUUUGCCCCCCCUCCCUUCCUGCCGUCGUCGCUGAAAUUGAAUCGAAAGAAUCGUGUCAGUUUUGGAAUCGGUUUUGAUAGAAUUUUUCUUGUUUUUUUUUUUUUCAUCACGCGACCAAAUACUAAUCAGUCGACGUGACGAGGAAGAAUUAACGAACGCACACCGAGGUUAUCUAAAUAAAAGUGCGCGGAGGUGAAAAUUGGAUUUUUUUUUUUUUUUCUCGUAGGAAGAAGAUGAAAAAAUUUCAAAUAAAAUUGAAGGUUGAAUUAUCGAACGAACUGUCAACAUUAUGCAACUUUACACGUACACCGAAGCCGGAAGUUAAUCAUUGUGCAGUGUGAUACAGCAGAUAAGAAUGAAUUGUUUUUUUUCUUCGUUUUUUUUUUCGUACAAACGUGCAGAUUAUACGGUACCAUAAAAAGUGACGAGUGAGAAAAUCGCGACGUCGCGUCAUAAAUUAAAGUUUCUUCGACACUCGCCGGAUUAUAUCGAUCUCGAUCCACAACCAGAUCGUUAUCUGCUGCGCCAUUUUUCAAUCGAUCACUCUUCGAUCUUCGACCACCGAAUUCCCGAUCAUUCUCCCAAUUUUGUGCACGAUCCGGAUCAAAGUCGAAUAAUCGAAAUAAAAUUUCCAUUCUUCCGCGCCAGAUUUUUUCCAACUUUUGGAAAGCUUUUUUAAUCACACACUCUUCCGGUUGAUUGCGAACCAUGACGCGCUAACGCUUCGCCGCUCACCGAGGUAAACCCCCGUGUUGAAAGGCCGACACUUUUCCGUUCCGCUUCAUUUUUUUGGUCCAACCCCAAUUUUUGUCGAGGAAUUUUCGGCCGGCUGGUGAACCGUCUCGCAAGCGAAUACACAAUAUUCCGAUCGUCCGCAAUUUUUUUUCUCUUAAAAAAAAAAGUUGCAAGUUUUUUUGCAAAAACCCGACCACCCGCCCGCCGCCUGACCGGUCGAUUUAUUUUUCGCUUUUUUUUUUUGCGAGAGCUAAAUUUUUUCAACGGCUUAUUUAUACAAUUAGCCUCGGGGCGGGGGAAAACUCGAAGGAGCUGCGACGGCGUUGCGUCCCCUCCGCCGCGAUCCUAUUCCUGCUGGCCACUACUACUUCCACUACUACUACUGCUGCUCCGCUGCUCUUGAGAGCUAUCGUCGCUUUCCCGCCGAAGUCAGAAGUGCGCCUUUCGUAUCGAGAAAAUUUAUUCGAAGAUAAAAGAAAAAAGUUUGUUCGUCGAUCGACCUCGUCAUGAAGACUGACAGCAACAACGGCUACCUUAGAACCGCCGUAGAAACGGAAGACAGCGAACUUUUGCCGCCAGUUGGUAUUCAGGGAACAACUUCCGGCGCACCACUUCAGGUUACGAUCGGUCCGCGAGGUACCGCGGCUACGAGCAUACCUCAUCGCACGGGAAGCGCUCUUCAAGGUUCCAUAGGUGGCGUUAACUUGACAUCUACAGGUGUUCCGGCUAAUCGGCGAAGAAAUCACGCGGCUCUGAACAGGCAACGGUUACUCGGCAUCCUCGCUUUCACACUAUUAGCCAGUUUCGUCCUGACUCUCAUUCUCCUGAUAACCAACAACUCUCGUAAAUGCGAUCGGGAGAUACAUCCCAAGGUCUGCAUGACGGAGGAGUGCGUGCGAACAGCCGCGAGUCUUCUGUCGGCUAUGGAUCAGACGGCUGCACCCUGCGUCGAUUUUUUCCAAUACGCGUGCGGCGCCUGGAACCGUCUUCACGUCAUCCCGGAGGACAGGAGUUCCAUAAGCACGUUCGAAGUCCUCGCCGAUCAGCUUCAGGUCAUACUGAAAAGGGUCCUCGAGGAACCGCCGAACGAGAGGGACAACGCGGCGACCUUGAAAGCGAAAAUGUUCUACAAGUCGUGCGUCGAUAUCCCGAGGAUUCGGGAGAUCGGCGACGUUCCCCUGCGUACGACUCUUCGCGGUCUCGGCGGUUGGCCGGCUGUCGAGGGUGCCGCGUGGCUGCCGCCCUCCUAUCCGGUGGAAGUUUUGCUGGGUCGUUUGCGCGGCGAGUACAACGAGGGGGUCCUACUGGAGCAAUGGGUUGGCCCGGACGACAAGAACUCCUCCGCCAACAUCCUCCAGCUGGAUCAGAUGCAGCUAGCGCUUCCCAGCCGGGACUAUUAUCUGAAGGUCAGUAGCCAGGCGGAGCUGAAGGCUUACCACCGUUACAUGACGAACGUCGCCAUUCUGUUGGGUGCGAAUCCGGAAACCGCUAGCGAAGAAUUCAACCGCGUGAUAGUCCUGGAAAAGCAGCUGGCCAACGCGUCGCUCCCUGAGGCCGACAGACACGACACCUCCGCUAUCUACAGGAAACUGACGCUUCGCCAGCUCCAGCAAGAAGUUCCCCAGCUCAAUUGGCACGUUUAUUUAAAGGCGUUCCUCACCGCACCGAUAACGGAGGACGAACCUGUCGUCGCUUACGCCAUGCCUUACUUCGUCCAGAUGGGCAGGAUACUGGAGAACACCGAUCGAAGGACCCUCCACAACUACGUAUUGUGGCGGCUCGUGAUGUCGAUAAUGCCGCACAUGAUCGACGACUAUCAGCAAAAGCGCGUGGAGUUCCGUAAGAUCCUUCUGGGGAUCCUCAGCGAGAGGAAUCGGUGGUCCCAAUGCGUCGAAUGGACGAAUAAGAAGCUGGGAAUGGCGGUCGGCGCACUUUUCAUACGUGACAAUUUCAACCACGACAGCAAGGAAACGGCCCUGGAAAUGAUCCACACCCUGAGAGAGGCGUUCAACGAACUGUUGGCGGAGAAUCAUUGGAUGGACGACGAAACGAGGGCCGUUGCCAAGAGCAAAGCGGACUCGAUGAACGAACGGAUAGGAUAUCCGGAAUUCCUCAAGGACCCGGUCGAACUCUCCAAGGAAUACGUUAUGCUGAACAUAACGGAUCACCGUUUCCUGGAGAACAUUCUCGCGGUUUUGAAAUACGACGCCUACCAUAACCUACAAAAAUUGAGGCAGCCGGUCGACAAGGACAAAUGGUCGACGGAACCGGCCGUGGUCAACGCUUUCUACAACCCCAACAAAAACGACAUCGUUUUUCCAGCCGGUAUUCUACAGCCGUUGUUCUACUCCCAGCAUUUUCCGAAGUCGUUGAAUUACGGCGGUAUCGGUGUGGUGAUAGGCCACGAGAUAACCCACGGUUUCGACGACAAGGGCAGACAGUUCGACAAGGACGGCAACAUGAUGCAGUGGUGGAACAACGCUACGAUCAGAGCGUUCAGGGAUCGCGCCCAGUGCAUCGUCGAUCAAUAUUCCCGUUACAGAUUGCAGGAGAUCGAUUUGUACGUGAACGGUCGAAUGACGCAGGGUGAAAAUAUCGCGGACAACGGUGGUCUGAAACAGUCUUUCAGAGCCUACAAAAAGUGGGUGUCGAUUCACGGCGAGGAGCCAUUGUUACCUGGAGUGAAUUUGACGCAUGAUCAACUUUUCUUUUUGAACUACGCCCAAAUUUGGUGCGGUUCGAUGAGGCCGGAAGACGCUUUAACGAAGAUCAGGAGCAGCGUUCAUUCGCCCGGGCCGGUUAGGGUUUUAGGUCCGCUGUCGAACAGCGACGAUUUUGCCAGAGCCUUCGGUUGCUCCCCGGGUUCGCCCAUGAACCCCACGCACAAAUGCAGCGUAUGGUGAACCCAGAUAUUAUCGAAUUGGCUAACGAUCUAACGAUUUCAGACGUUCCGAUAACGACGCGCUGGUACCGAUAUAAUAGGACCACUUUUUUCAAAGAAUAGUAAAAAAAAAAAAUAAAAUGAAAUAAAAUAAAAAGGAAGGAGAUGGUGAGAAAAAAAAAACAAAAUGAACGGUACCCGAGCAACUCGCGGUAUGUCGACGAACGCGCUGUCAAUUUGUAAAUGUAUUUCCAAACGAUUGGUAUACCUUGAAACGUUGAACGAACGAUACCAACCCCAUUCGAAGGUUUUAUCAGAUUUUGGAAUCGAUUCGUAACAGAGAUCGAACGGAAAAACGAAUGUUUUCGAGUAAUCGGCCAUUUUGUUCAACGGAUCCGAUCAAUAUAUGUAAUGUAUAUUAUUAAGAUGUAAGAUUAUUAUUUUUCUUCAACUUUUUGUCUCUGAGCCCGAUUAAUUAUACCCUUAUUGCGUUUUCCUUUUCUCUUCAACAUUUUUCCUUUUCUCUUUUUCUUUUUCCUAUUCAUUGCUUAACUAACAAUAAGCCAAGUUCAGUUUAUCAGAAUCAAUCGAGUAAAAAAAAGAGAGUUCGUAGCGCUAACACUAGAUGUUUGUAAUUAACUUGUAUUAUAUCAAUCACGUGAUGUCGUUGAACUUGGAUUCGUUUUUCGUUGACUUCAAUUGAACUAAAUGAAAAUAAAGAAAAACUGAACUACGAUGACGACGAUGAUGACUUGGUAUCUAAUUGUUCAGAAAUGAUAAGCAAAUUAUAUAGUUAUAAUUAUAAAGAAGAUAUUGCCUAUUGUAAAACCAAA